AGUUGGGAGACAGAGAUGCAAUAGAGGUAAAAUAUUCGGGAUGAAAGAAAAAACUCAACUUAUGUCAAUGAACUUGUUCCAUCGGACGCUGGUACGUGAUGAACAAGCCUUUGCAAGAAAAUUCUAAUGUCAUUCUCACCAAAAUCACUACAAUUAACCAUCUCAAACAAUUCCAUGCAAAACUCAUUCAAUACUCUCUUCACCACCAACACUACUGGGUGGCUCAACUCAUUGACCGUUGCACUCGCCUUCAUGCUCCUCCGCAUUAUGCCUCCUGCAUUUUCAACUCGAUUCAUCUACCCAAUGCCUUUGUUUUCACCAAUAUGAUCAAGUUCUAUUCCCAAUUGGGUGCCUACAGUCACAUUUUCAAUCUGUUUGAUGACAUGCACAAGUGCAAUAUAAAGCCUAAUGCUUGUAUAUAUCCGGUGCUGAUAAAAGUGGCUGGUAAAAAUGGACUAGCAUUUCAUGCCCAUUUGCUUAAAAUGAGUCUUGAUUCUGAUAAAUUUAUACGGAAUGCGUUUGUGAACGUGUAUGGACAAUAUGGCCCUAUUGGCAUUGCGCGCGAGUUGUUUGAUGAAAUGAGCGAGAGAAAUGUAGUGGAUUGCAAUGCAAUGAUCUCCGCGUAUUGGAAUUGGAAGGACGAAUUUGAGGCAAAAAGGUUGUUUGAUUUGAUGCCAGAGAAGAAUGUGAUCACUUGGACGGCUAUGGUUAGUGGGUACUCAAAGAUGAAGGAUAUGGUGAAUGCCAGGAGGUACUUUGAUCAAAUGCCUGAAAAAAGUGUUGUAUCAUGGAACGCAAUGAUUUCGGCUUAUGCUCAAAAUGGGUAUCCCAAAGAGGCCUUAAGUUUGUUUGAUGAGAUGCUGAAUGUUGGUGUUCGCCCAAAUGAUACGACAUGGGUUGCUGUUAUUUCUUCUUGUUCAUCGUGCAGUGAUCCUAGCCUGGUGGAGUCGUUGGUGAAGAUGAUCAAUGAAAAGGGCGUGAACAGGAAUUGUUUUGUCAACACAGCAAUCAUUGACAUGUAUGCGAAAUGUGGGAGCAUUGAGAUGGCAAGAAAGAUUUUUGACCAGUUAAACGGGUACAGGAAUGUGGUUACUUGGAACACUAUGAUUUCUGCGUACACAAGGGUCGGUAUGUUGGCUUCAGCCAGAGAGCUCUUUGAUCAGAUGCCAGUAAAGAAUGUCGUCUCCUGGAACUCGAUGAUUUCUGGUUAUUCACAAAAUGGACAAUCAUCUGUAGCUAUUGAGCUCUUCAAGGAAAUGACAAGCAAGGGCAUAAUGCCAGAUGAGGUCACAGUGGUGAGUGUAAUUUCAGCUUGUGGCCAUCUAGGGGCACUGGAACUGGGUAAUUGGGUUGUGAAUUUUAUAUCUGAAAACCAAAUAAAAUUGAAUGCUUCAGUAUACAAUUCUCUUAUUUUUAUGUACUCCAAGUGUGGAAGCAUGAAAGAUGCGACGACAAUUUUUCACAAAAUGGAAACCAGAGACGUGAUCUCCUACAAUACAUUGAUCACGGGUUUUGCAGCUCAUGGAAAAGGAAUUGAGACUACCCAACUACUGCAGAAGAUGAAAGAAGAAGGCAUUGAUCCUGAUAGGAUCACAUAUGUUGGUGUAUUGACAGCGUGUAGUCACACAGGACUAUUAGAAGAAGGCCGAGAGGUGUUCAAAUCAAUUGAAUCUCCAGAUAUAGAUCACUAUGCGUGCAUGGUUGAUUUGUUAGGUCGAGUCGGUAAACUAAACGAAGCAAAAAGAGUUAUUGAAAGAAUGCCAAUGGAUCCUCAUGCCGGAAUAUAUGGCUCCCUUCUAAAUGCCAGCCGCAUUCACAAAAGAAUCGACCUAGGGGAGUUUGCUGCAAAUAAGCUCUUUGAGCUUGAACCAGAAAAUUCAGGAAAUUAUGUUUUGUUCCAAACUUCUAAUCCCCCACUUGACUGA